AUGGGCAGGGCACCAUGUUGUGAUAAGAAGGGGUUGAAAAGGGGGCCUUGGACCCCUGAGGAAGAUGAGAAACUGGUGAGCUUUAUCAACAAAAAUGGCCAUGGCAGCUGGCGCUCUCUUCCUAAGCUUGCAGGGCUCCUUCGUUGUGGGAAAAGCUGCAGGCUGCGUUGGACAAAUUAUCUAAGGCCAGACAUUAAAAGAGGCCCUUUUAGCCCUCAUGAAGAGAAGCUUGUCAUUCAGUUGCAUGCCAUUCUUGGCAACAGAUGGGCUGCAAUAGCCUCUCAACUCCCAGGAAGAACAGACAAUGAGAUCAAGAACCUAUGGAACACCCACCUCAAGAAGCAGCUCCCCCACUUGGGCCUCGACCCCCGGGCCCACGAACCCCCUCCCAAGCCCGACGGGCCAAGACCCCGCUCGGCGGCCCGCCACAUGGCCCAAUGGGAGAGCGCCCGCCUCGAGGCCGAGGCCCGCCUCUCCCGGCCAGAGCCCACCGGCGACUUUUUCCUCCGGCUGUGGAAUUCGGAGGUGGGCGAGACUUUCCGGGACCUGAGCAAGAUGGGCUAUGGGUCCCCACCGAGCACCGUGGCCUCGUUCGUCUCGUCCGGUGGGGGAGUCGAGGAGAACGUGGGGCCCGCGAGCCCGCGCGAGGCAGAGGACACGUCGGAGUCCGAGCUGCACGAGCUGCUUCUGGAUUUCCCGGUCGAAGACGACAUGAUGAGCUUAUUGGGGCAGCCUGAUGAUUAUGGUGGUUAUUAUUAUGGUUCUGGUCUUUGUUGA